AUUCAUAAGACAGAAAAAAAUACAUACAUAUAAAUUUUUGAUGAGGUAGUAGCUAGUGUGUUUGUUGAGUGUUGUGCAGGUUUUGAGGUUUAAAUGUUGUAUGAAGGAAGUAGGAUUUGAGGGCAUUAAAGUGGUAUCUACUUGCCACCUUAAAUGCAUUGGCCCUCUUUUUAAUGGGGUUUGAUGAAACCAAUUUAAGAACCCUCUUAAGUACUCAUCACUACCAAAUCCAACACACCACCAAAUUUCAUUUUUUAUAUACCAAAAGUUUCCUUUUCUCUUCUCAUCUUUGACAUUAUAACUAUAUUUCUUGGGCACUGAUCACCAGUAAGUAGAAUAUAUGGAGCUUACAGAACUUUGUUUGGCUCCUAGAAAGUUAGUUGUUGAGAAAUUGAGUAGGUCAUCAUCAGAAUCAGCAGAGUGUAAUAAUAUCAGCAAGAAGAGGAAGUUAUUUUCAGAUCAUGCAAGUGUUGAUCUUCAUGUUAAAGACCCUCUGCCUCUUGAUUGGGAGCAAUGCCUUGAUCUUCAAAUGGUUAGUAUAAGGGGAAAUUACUAUGUGUUAUCCCAUGAGAUUAGUCAGGCAGAAUGUAUUAUCUCAACAGAAAGACAUUGAGAAAGAGUUGGAACUGGCCAAAGGAUCAAAAGCUAGACCUUGAACUCAACAUUUCACCACUCACUGAUAAUAAUAAUUAUUAUAAUAAUAAUAAUAAUAAUAGUGCCUCUAAAUCAAUAUUUCUUGAAGAAGAUUUAAAGGAGAAUCUCUCAUCACCAUCAAGCAACAUGGUAGCUUUGGCUUGCUUGAAUUGCCAUCUUCUUGUCAUUCUCUCAAGAUCAUCUCCUUCUUGCCCAAAUUGCAAGUAUGUCCAUUCUCUUCCAUUAAUUACCAAUCAACCCCCAAUUCCUAAAAUCUCUCCUACUAAGUCCUUCAAUACCUUAAGCCUCUUAAACUAAUUUAUUCCAUCCAGCAAGAAGAAGGAAUAAUUAAAGCUAGCUUUAAGCUGCUAGUUAAUUAUGUCAUAAUCCUUUCUCUUAAGUUGAUGUAAUGAUAAAAAGAGAGAAUAUAAUCUAUGAAAAGUUUUCUUGUAAUGUAUUAUAACUUUUUAUAAAUAGAUUCUAUCUUUCUUACUCUUAA